CGGGCAACGACAGCGAUCCUCCACAGCCACUCUCAUCUACCGACACUUACCGUGCUCUGACCGUUUGUGUUUCGUCCCAUGUCUGAUCUCUUUGCUCCCGCUGCUGCCUCGAAUCACCAUGGCCAAUCGGGGCCCCGCAUCCACGACGCGUGCGAGGUGUCACACGAGACCUGCUUGAUCAUCGACAAUGGCACGGGAUUCAUCAAGGCGGGGCUUUCAACCGCCAAGAUGGAACCAACCGUCGUCAUCCCCACCCUCGUCGGCAGGCCAAAGCCAAGGUAGCGCACGACACACAUGGCGGGAGAUGAGAUCAUUUGCAUGGCUGGGUGCAUCUCUCAGGUUUGCGUGUGAGUUUGAGAAGGCUGACGAGCGUUUUGUUGGAGAUGCGAUAGAUGCUGUGAGGGAGAAGCUGACGUUCGAAGAGCCAAUCGUACACGGGGCCAUAGAGGACUGGAUGGAGGUCAGGCAAACACAAGACACAAUGCACACCCCUGCACAUGAAGAAGGUAUUAAUGUCUUGGUGCAGAUGGAGGAAUUGUGGUCCAUAGUGUUCGACUCGCUGGGCGUCAUGCCCGACCCAUCCGCCAUGCCACAAGACGCACAGCACCACGGGGCAGCUUCUUCUUCUCCCGUGUUGCUGACAGAGCCCCCAUUGACCCCAUCCCGUUCAAGCAUUCGGAGCGCCGAGAUCAUGUUUGAGUAUUUCAGGGCACCUGAGCUGAGGCUGGCCACACAGGGGGUUCUCGCCCUGCUUGGGUGAGGCCGGCAGACACAGAUAAAGGGUAGGCAGGCGGGGAUGGGACAGUGUUGUGUUGUGUAGGUUGGGCAAGACAACCGGCGUUGUGGUUGAGAUGGGCGACGCCAUCACACAAGUCGUCCCCGUAUACGACGGUGAGUACAAGCAUUCACAGACAGACACUCACGACAUGUGCAGUCGUCAAUCGAUUGAUGGAUGAAUCAUCCAUCCAUCCAUCAGGGUACGCGUUGCGUCACGGGAUUCGUCGCGUUGAUUUGGGUGGCCAGGACAUUACGAUGCUGCUGCAGAGGGCUUUGUGUGACAGGGGAUACCCCCUUACCACUAGGACACACCAGGUUCGCAUACAUGGAAGAUCUGCACUUGAGCACCUGUUGUGGGUAUGCUCAGCUCCAGGUUCGUCGGAUGAAGGAGAACUGUUGCUUCGUCGCGCAGUGCCCCGAAAGUACAUCAAACCAACGUCAUAGGUGCAAAAUGUGCGUACACCUGUUGUGGUGUUGUGCAGGUGCGAGUCAUCAGUCCGCUGAGUCCCUGCAGGUUGCCCACGAGCUCUCAUUUAGCCUCAGCAACCACGAAAGGUCAGUCACACACAAUGUUGCACGACGAAGGCGCCCAGUGAAGGGAAUCAUGUAUCCCCAUUCCUGUGGUCGAUCAGCGUGGUGUGUCUGGACCACGAGCGGUAUUUGUGCCCUGAGGUGCUUUUCCACCCCUCACUCAUACACAGGGAGCUACCAGGGCUGGGACAGCUCGUCUGGCAGGCUAUCGAGGUACGCGGAUGUCACGGCACAGCACACGUGCAAUACCAGCUGGUCUGUGUCACAUAUACAUGUAAGUCAGCAGAGAUCGACACCCGUCAGUCGCUGUGGAAGAACAUCUUCCUCACCGGUGGCUCCUCCCUCUUCUCAGGACUGCAGGAAAGGUACACAAACACAGAAAAAAGCAGUCAGGUCGACUGGCCUCUAUAUGGAUGUGACGUCAUGCUUUCAGGCUGCAGACAGAGGUGGCGCAGUACGCACCUGAGAAGUCCUCAAAACGAGUCACGUAAGCAGACGCACAAGGUAAUUCUCACGGAAAUGCUCUCUUUGUGCUAUGGUUUGUCUUGUGUGCAGCGUUCAUGCGUGGGAGGGUCGUGAGCACGCUGUGUAUCAAGGGGCUGCACAGGUGUGCGCGCCCUCCAUCAAAGCACUCGAGGUGACAAUGCACAUGCGCGUGUUGACAAGGAUUCACUGCGUUCUGCACUAUGGUGUGUCACAGUCUGACCUGUGGAUCAAGGCCAGCGAAUAUGCGGAGGAGGGGCCGAACAUUGUACAGAGAAAAGUAACACUCGGAAGAGCAGCACCAAAUCUUGAUCACUGGAUUUGGAUAUGCGUGUGUGCGUGGCCUUGCUGCUGUCCAUGCAGGCUAUGAUGCGGUACAACUGAUUGUCAUUUGUGUAGGGUCCUUUGCUGGCGGUCCUUUGUUGGUUUCUUUGUCCUAUUUGUAACACAACAUGGAUGCAUGGAUGCGUUUAGCCGCUGCUUUUAUGCGAGACGGUCACACAGCAAUGAGCCAACGAUCGAAGCAUUACAUGUGUGUCUCAAACCACAUCGCACUCAGUAGACUACCAUGCGUCAGAUCUCUUCGUCGACCCGCUUCUUGCGCCUUUUGCCGCCGUGGGCAGUGCUGCUGCACGUUGGAAGUCUACCUGCGCCUACUCACGUGGACGGGAGUCCAGAAAUGAUAAUAUAAAGUCUGUAUGGUCUGUUUCAUGUGUGGAGUUUUCCCGUCAGAUAGCAGUGGCCAGGUAGUGUGGCUGACAGGUGGUGGGCUCGACUUAGUGUGCUGCUCCAGACACAACGCACAGACGAAAUGGGCAAUGCGUAGGUGCGAGGAGUAGGGCACCACCUCAAAUGUGGACGGCGGGGACCAAGGAGUGGGUAUGGACGGUGGGAACCACCUCAAAUGUGCCCUACUGAGGUGUGUAUACUCCUUGCCCAUUUGAGGUGUGUAUACGGGAGGUGUGGACGGGCUGUCUUCCCGUGUGGACGGGCUGUCUUCCCGGCAGGAAGACAGCCCGUCCAUACGUUGCCUGUACAAAGUCUACAUGGGCUGUUUUCAUGGUGUGAUACAUAUGAAAGUGAGUCAAAGAGACAUGGAAUGAAUGAGUA